UAGUCGCCACCAACCAGAAACCAAAGCCCCCAUCAAGAUUAAUCGUUCCAAUUUCCGUUCGUUAAUGAUCUGCAAGCAUUAUAAAGCCUUCCAUUUCAGCGAAACAAGGACCAAACUCUUCCCAAUCUCCUAUAAAACAAAAACAAAACUCCAUCCUUUAGUUUCAUUACCUGGGUUUUUGAUUUGUUUGUUGUAGAGAUCUCCAUGGCGCGCAAGAAAUCAGAAGUACGAUUCCAAGAGCUCGUCAACAGCACUUGAAACGCCUCGCGGGUAUUGAUUUGCAGAUCUGCUCUGCUCAGGUGACGCAAUCUACAGACUUCUCAGAGUUAACAAACAACGAACCAUGGCUUUCAUCCUCAAGAUUGGUUGUCAAACCCGAUAUGCUUUUUGGGAAGCGCGGGAAGAGUGGUUUGGUAGCUUUGAACUUAGAUCUCGCUCAAGUGGCUGAAUUUGUGAAAGGACGCCUUGGCACUGAGGUUGAGAUGGGUGGUUGCAAGGGACCAAUAACCACUUUCAUUGUUGAACCAUUCGUCCCACAUGACCAAGAAUAUUACCUUUCAAUAGUUUCUGAAAGGCUUGGCUGCACCAUUAGCUUCUCAGAAUGUGGUGGUAUUGAAAUUGAAGAGAACUGGGACAAGGUUAAGACUAUAUUCCUUCCAACUGAGAAACAUAUGACACUGGAGGCAUGCGCCCCAUUGAUAGCUACACUUCCUUUGGAGGUUCGAGGAAAAAUUGGUGACUUCAUAAUGGGUGUCUUUGCCGUAUUUCAAGAUCUCGACUUCAGUUUCAUAGAGAUGAAUCCCUUUACAUUGGUGAAUGGGGAGCCAUAUCCACUGGAUAUGAGGGGAGAAUUGGAUGACACUGCUGCCUUUAAGAACUUUAAGAAGUGGGGUGACAUUGAGUUUCCACUGCCUUUUGGAAGAGUCUUAAGCUCUACCGAAGGCUUUAUUCAUGCUUUGGAUGAAAAGACAAGUGCAUCUUUGAAAUUCACUGUUUUGAACCCCAAAGGACGUAUAUGGACAAUGGUUGCUGGAGGUGGUGCAAGUGUUAUCUAUGCUGACACUGUUGGAGACUUGGGUUAUGCAUCAGAGCUAGGUAACUAUGCAGAGUACAGUGGAGCUCCAAACGAGGAGGAGGUGUUGCAAUACGCCAGAGUUGUUGUUGAUUGUGCCACUGCAGACCCUGAUGGUCAGAAAAGAGCCCUUCUAAUUGGAGGUGGCAUUGCUAACUUCACAGACGUUGCUGCAACUUUCAAUGGAAUUAUUCGAGCUUUGAGAGAAAAGGAAUCCAAACUAAAAGCUUCAAGAAUGCACAUUUACGUUCGAAGAGGUGGUCCGAAUUACCAGACUGGUUUGGCCAAGAUGCGCGCUCUUGGCGAGGAACUUGGAGUACCUCUUGAGGUUUAUGGCCCUGAGGCCACAAUGACAGGCAUCUGCAAGCAAGCAAUUGAUUGCGUAAUGUCAGCAGCAUAAUUUUACAGUUCUUUGUUGAGGUUGAGGGGCAAGAGGAGAAAAACAAUUCUGUUUUAGCCUUUUUCUUGAAGGGUGAUGUUGCAUUUUGUUUUUUGUAAACUUUGAACAAUUCUUUUGAACUCUUUAUAUUUUGAGACAAUUUUCUUCAAUAAAUCAUGUCAUUGUUGUUACA